AUGGUCUGGGCUAUUAGCCAGGAUACUUCUGAGGGCAAGUUCUCAAAGCAAUUGCAGCAGGCUAUAGGCUAUAAGUCUCGUGCUGUGAUAACUUUCAAUACUACUGUUGCCCUUGGUGGUGGUGUCUUUAAGGAAGUCACCGAGAGCGAGGCCAAUGGUGACGUUAGCAGCUCUCAAUGCCGAUGGACCAACUGCGGACAAACAUGCCCAAGUAAAUGGUUAGAGGUCAAAAGGGAGGAUCCCUACAGGAAAAGCAGCAAAGAGCUUAUGCUGGAUGCCACUGGCUGCGGUGGCAAUGGCGUUCGAACAUUUUGCUGCCCGCCAGGUAAACAGCCCUUCUGCCAAUGGCUGUUCCACAACAAUGGGAAGUGCUCGCCUGGUUGCCCAGACAGAAAUGGGGAGGAGCCAAUGUACGAGGUUGCGUCAACCUCGGCUGCGUGCAACAACGGUAAAGCCCAAGUGGCGUGCUGCAGGGGCAAUACGCCAGCUCUGGAUGUCUACCGCCAGUACAAGUGGUAUGGCAAAGAGCACGACUGUGCCAUCGAUGUUGGAUCCAAGCAAUGUGGAUGGAGUCCCACCUUCAACAUGCCACUCACUUCGAGCUGGGAUGGCAGUGGCGCCCAAGUCUGCAAGGACAGUAAGGGGAAGAGAGGAACGAGGCCUCUCUGCGGAGACGAGUCAGACCCAAGCAAGCCUCACUUCACGAACUGCGAGUGGGUUGACAAGUUCAACCUCGGCCUCACCGAUAUUGCCGAUCGUUCCGAGUGCAACGGCAACUGUCCAUCCGGCAAGGUCAAGGUGGCCUUGCAGGUGCAAGAGAACAUGUGCCGCAAGGGCACUUUGGCCUACUGUUGCGACGUCCAAGCCUCAUUUUCAUCGGGCGAUCUCGACGAUAUCGACCAGGAUGACGUGGAAGCCUUGCUCAAAGCCUGGGUCAAGAAGCCUACAUGCCCCAACAUAGACGUUAGCGAGCUUUCCUCCCGCUCCACGGAUACCAAUCCCUCAUCUGUGCGUGAGCAGUUGGCUUCCUUGGUCAGACGCGGUGCUCCUAUGUCUAGCGCCGUAGCCGUCCAGCUCACGAUGCAGCGUAUCAUGGAGCAUCCACCAAAUUCGCCCCUAACCAAGAAGGAUCGAGAGAUGUUUGACAGGGCUUUCAGCCCCAGGUGGCCGCACGUUGCUGCAGCUUACAUGGCGGCCACGUGGAACCCUCUCAAAGACGUCAUGUCUAUGGCCCUGCCUACCGUGAAUAGCAUGUGCCAUAUGAACGAAGAAGAAAAGGCGGCAGAGGACGCAGGCACGGGGGUGGGCAUUGACGAGCAGCUCAUUUGCCUCUGGAAGGACCUUGAAGCUGUUGAUCCUGGGCUUCUCCAAGAUCCAGAGGACGUGGAUAGUGACGUUGAGGGCCCCACCAUUGAAGAUCUUGAGGAGGCACUCGGAGAAUGGAACUGGCCAGUGAGAUGGGGUAUCAAGCCAAGAGGAACUGGCGGAGCGCGCCCUGUCUCCGCGACCUGUCCCGACAAGAGCAAGGUCAAAUUCAAAACAGAGGAGUACAUCAAUGGCGACAACGGAGAUGCCUUGGCCAACGCCAAUCAGGAUUUCAGCCGGUACGGUAUGAAGGACAGCGGUGACUGUUUUGAUGACGCCGUCGAUGGCAAUGGCGAUAAAGACGACGACGAAUGGGUUUCUGAGCAUAUUCUGGAACUUCAAGCAUUUCGCAACUUUAUUGAAUACUCAAUGGAUGUCCAACACUCAAUACGACGACGCACAACACCAUCUGGUAUUACGAUCAAACCACUUUUCAAUCCUAGUACGGAUAAUUUGGCAACUUGUUCCAUGUGGAAAAAGGAUUUUCUCGACGGCUUUAAAAAGUGGACAGACGCUGGCAACACUGAGACGCCAAAGAAACAACUGUACUCACUACUUGGCUCAAAGGGCCACUCAUCUCACAUGGUGAAUUGCGGAGCCAAGCUCAACAGUAUGAAAGCCAGAUUUUGGAAGUUCAGCGACCCCAUGUCAAAGACCAAAUGGGAGGCCCACUGCUCUCAGGCCAAAAAAAGUCACUUAGAAAGAGCGUUUUCUGAAUUCAAGUUGAUUGCCGGUGUCUGGAAUUACCUCAACAACGAAGACAUACAGGAUAAGCUCGUUGCCACUCACAAAGACAUUGCAAAAUGGCUGGUCAAGUUCGAGGAUCUCUACCUAAAGGAGCAUCCUACAGCUAAGAGGAUGCAUCUCGGCGAUAUCCAGUGGCACGAUUUCAUGACAGAAUAUUUUCAGGCAAUGCUUCGCUUCAGCACGGACUGGACGAACAUGCGCCUCAAAAAUCUUCGAAAGCUGUGGAGCGAUCGUCUUUUGCAGUUGAAUAGGCAAUACCAGCAAGCCGCAAGUGGUUCGCGACUUGCGGCUCAGAUUCAAACCCAAAGUUCGUGCUCGGUUCCUCACAACUCGCGCACUCACCAACACGACACGACUUGCGUUUUUACCACGAGAAUGGAUCCAAACCUAGAGCUCUACAGGAGCAUAUUGCAUCUUGAUAUAACAGAGCGCAGACAACGCAUGCAGCAUCUUCCAACAUCAGAAUGCGUCAGAGUCAGGAAGAUUGUUGAGAGGGAGCAGAGCGCCCAGAAGCUGCAAGAAAAGCUUGCAGGUCGGGACCUUGUUGAGAUGGCUCUAAGUGAUCCGUCCGAGUUCAAAGAUAGCCCGCUCUUGCAAAACGCUCUUCUUGGCCGAGCUCUCACCUUUCCCGACGAGUGCACCAUGGUGGCCCGCGUCGCGGGCAAGGGUUGGUUCACUGGCGAGGCUCUGCUCAGCUCUGUGGCAUGCUACGAUCAAAAUCAUGAGCCAGAAAUACCCAUCGAUGCCUGGAAACUGGUCUAUUGCGACUUAUAUUAUAUCGACGGGAGCAAUGCGACACUGCAGGACAUCUAUGAAGAGCGUCUCCGAGAAGAGGAGCUCCAAACCCCUGCUGCGCAAGCCAGAGAGAUCAUCCGGCGCGACGUGAUCAAGUUGGCUCGGAGAAAUGCCAAAUGGAUGAUUUCUGGUCUCGAACAACUUCCGGAUAAGGAACGGGUACAGGAGAGUUGGCAAUACAAAGAAAUUUUACACACUAUCUGGAAACGAGUCUCCCCCGCGCCACCAGCUUGGAUCCAGCACAUUCUCGAUGCAAAUGAAGAAUGGGGUUUCGUCUAUUACAGGUCCAGGGAGGUCCAAAGGAAAUACGGACAUGACUGGGCAUCAUGGUGGGCCAGGGUCUUGGACAGCCAGCUGCCCGAUACUGAGAGGAACAUCGGAGAUGCAACUAUCUUCAGUAUCCAUUGUCAAGGUAAUCGAUCUGACCUGAUGUAUCUCUCAACUGAGGAUUGGCCUACUUUUCAGGCUAAUAAUAACUUGGCCGAAGACGAUGACUUCCGAAAACAAUUUAAAAAAUACAUACAAAACAAAGGCGAUCUCUUACCGGCGGGAAUCUCGCGAAGCACCUUCAUUGUUAUCCCUACCGAACUAAUCCCCGACUCGCCUGAGUGGGAUGAGGAUGAUGAGCUUGAUCCUUAUUGGGUUUGGGCAUACGAUGCAGACUGGGACAGUUCAGAAGAAGAGACAACAUUUGAGGGAGAGACGUACCAGGGCCGUGUCAAGGUGGCUUACUACUCGCUUAAGUCAUGGUUCUAUGGCGCUCGCUGGGAGGGUGUGAGUCUCCGAGAUAUGUGGCUGAAGGCACAGCAACACCCAGACAGGUUGUGGAUCUGCUACACAAAGCAUAUGGAAGAGCGGGAUCAUGAGCCGUAUAUUUAA